UCUUCCUCCUAACGAUCCAAAUCACAGUUACCAUCCAUGAUAAGGGUAGUAACAAUUAUUGGACAUCGAAAAAUAAUUAUGUUGAGUUAGAAUCUGGUUCUUCUGAUGAAACACAGAAUUGGACGAUUAUUAACGACAGCGAUGAUACUACUGUAAUAUAUAUUACCCAGGAUAUAGAUGCGAAUAAGGCUAUCACAUACGAUCCUAAUACAUCAAACAAAUUUUUGCUGAAAGCUUAUAACCCCGGUGAUAAGUCACAACAAUUUGUAGUUAAUCCACAGAAGACAGAUACUCUUGUGAGCAUUUCUUGUGCAAGCAACUCAAGCUAUUACGCGGUGGCUAAGAGCGGAGAUAUCAAAGAUUCAAAAAUUGGACCUGGAACUUCUGAUUCUAAGCAAUGGAUGAUCGAUACAACAGUUUGA